CAGGGCCUGUGCGCUCAGGGGCAUUGCUGUCCUGGCCAUGCCGUGGGUUGGUUUCGUUUCUGGGCUUGGUGUUUGUCAGGCCAGGGGUGAACCAGUGUGAGCAGUGUGCCUGCAAAGGCAGAGCAAAGCUGCCACGAGCGUCUUUCAUGUUGUGAGGGGCCCAAAAAGGACCACAGGAUUGGAGGUGUGGCCUCAGCAGUGCUGAGUACAGGGGGACAGUAACUACCCUGCUCCUGCUGGCCGCACCAUUGCUGAUCGAGGCCAGAAUGCCAUCGGCCUUCUUGGCCACUUGGGAUCAUACUGGGCUUCUGUUGACCAGCACCCCCAGGGCCUUUUCUGCUGUGAUCCAAGUGCAGAACCCAGCACUUUGCCUUGUUAAACCUCACUCAGUUGGCUUCAGUGAAAUCCAGCUUGUGCAGGCGCCUCUGCAGAGCCUUCCUGACCUCCAGCAGAUCAUUCCCAUCCAGCUUGGUGUCGCUUGCCAGCUGAAUGAGGGUGCAUUUAAUCCCCUUUUUAGGUCAUGUCAGUGGACAUGAAAUUGGUCUGGCCCCAGCACUGAUUGCUGGGGAACAUCACUUAAGACCAGCUACCAGCUGGAUAUAACUCCAUUCAGCACCACUCUCUCGGGAUCCAUCCAUCCAUCCAGUUUUUCAUGCAGUGAACAGUGCACCCAUCCAAGCCAUCAGCAGCCAGUUCCUCCAGGAGAAUGUUGUGAGAAAUGCUGUCCCAAAGCUUUACUAACGUGCAGGCAGACAGCAUCCACAGCCUUUGCCUCAUACACUGGUCAGAGAAGGAGAUCAGAGCAAACUGAAACAUGACUGAUACAGAUGAGUCCCAGGCUUCAGGCUCUGAUUACCCUGAUGCGCAGGAGCUGAUCAGCCACCAGCAGGAGGAGCCAUUCGAGGUGUGCUCAUGGCAAAGGAAUACAGGAACAGAGCGGUCGAGGCAGAAGGCAGCUGCUCCUCAGGAGUCUGCAGAUCAUCCCAACAGCAUGUCUAGAUCAUCAGCUGCUUCAGCUGAGGUUUUACUGAUCAGCAGUGAUUCAGAAAGUGAUGUCUCUGCUGCUCGUCCUGAGUGCUCUGUUGCACCUACAAAGCAGAAAAGGCGAUCUCAAUCUUCAUGGCAACAAGCUGAAUCUGGUACAGAGGUACCUGACAAUGAAAGCUCCUCAGAUUCUUCCCUGUCUCCCCAAAGUCCAGGGAAAUCAUUAGAAGUUCCCAAGCAGCAGAAGUCUAAAUUCAAUUUGAAGGCCAUUUUUGCCUAUCACUUCAGGGGAAGGAAGUUCAAAGCCGCCGCACACCGAAAAUACAAAAUACAGGCACGGAAGAGCAAGAAAAAGUAUGAGAGCACCCAGAUGCCCACAGGGAGGCCCCCACUGACAGCCUCACCUCAGGAACAAAAGAGGAGGCUCCUAGACAGAGGUUUUCAAUUCCCUUUUGUUGAAAAACAUUAUGGGGAGAAACAUAUUCCCUUAAAGAUGGUUCUUGACUAUGAGCAAGCAGCUGCAAAGGGAUAUUUCAAGUAUAUUGAAGUGCUUAAAUAUGAAGAACAUCUUAAAAAAGCUUUAAAAGCCCUUCAGGCCAGUGAUGACUUAGAAAAAGAGUGUAUGGUGUUACGGAAGCACAAGUACUUAGAUGAUGAAGGCCCCAUUUCCCCUAUUCAGGAGACAGAUGAUGAUGAGGACGGCUUGAAUUCUGAUACUCAGGAACACCUUGAUGCCAGAGUAGUGGAGAACAGCUCUUUCAUUCUAAGCAGCACAAUUCCCAAAAAAAAAAAGUCAAAGCCACGAAGAAAACAUGCCAAACCACCUGAAGUGAUUGAAAUAAUGGAUGAAGAAGAGAGUGCUGAAGAGAACUCUUUGCCUCUGCAAGGCUCACCUUGGUGAACAGCAGAUGGACCAGUGAGGUGGCAGGGGUUGUUCCUCAGAUGCCUUUUCAUGGGCCUGUUAGGUUUAAAGCAUUGGUUUGGAGUCACUGUUCAUCUCUCCGCCCAGCUGCCCAGGCACACUUGGCUUACUUUUAUAUUGUUUUGGAAGAGGAAAUACCUCUUGGUUUUCUUGCUGCAUAAGAUGAGCACACUCACAUUGCAGCAGCAGUUGUAACUACUUGGGGAUCUCCUGAGUUCUUAUGGCUGUUCGCUGACCUGAUUCACAAAUCCUUCACUUCGGUGGACAUGUGUGCAGCAUGGUAGCAAAAGAGGGCAUUCCUGUGAUGUGUGGAACAUAUUGGAAAGCCUCUACUCAGAUGAAGUGCACCUGAUGUCAGGUCUGAACUAGCAUCUUGGUACUUAGGGAAAGUGAAGAAGAAAGAAAUGCAGGCUGCCAUUUCACAAAGUCUGCAGCUGCUUCAAGGCUGCACGGCAGUUCUGUGGAGAGUACCUCUUACUGCCUGGCACCCUCUGGUGCAUGCAGGAAGCUCAAAUGUAGAAUGAACUGUGGUGGUUAAAGGUCUGUGCACCCAGCAGCCUCCUCCUGGUGGGCAGAUGGUCAAAAAGCAGUGCAGCAUUUGGCAUCCUUGGUUUCCAGUCUGCUGUGCCUGUUAAACCAGGUGCUUGAGGAUACAGAAUGAAGUGAAUUGAAUUGCCCUGAGUUAAAAUGAUGGAAGCAAUUAGUUUGACAGGGUCUGCCACCAAGUUGCUUCUGUGUGUAAGAGGGAUGAGAAACACCAUGUGGGAGCUGCCAAAGUGAGUGUGAAGAUCCUGCUGAUGUUGAUGCAAGCCUGCUCCAAAGAACUGCACAGCUGUUCCAGACAAAGAAAGAACCAUCCCUAGUGUGUUUAUUGCAGUUUCUUGAAUUAAACAUUAAUUUUAACUUGC